UCUUACUCUGAGGUAAAUGCACUCACUGUCAACACGGAGCGGCGCGGAGAACUUGCUGCACACUUUCGCAACCUAUUUGUCCCCUUUUCUCUCAGCUCCCUCCGAGGGUCAGCUCCACAGGCGGCUGCUCAAGAAUGAUGCGACCGAAAGAUUUGCGCCAGGGCUCUGGCACCAAGACCUUCCUGGAAGCCAUGCAUGGUGGGAAAGUUCACCUUGCACGCUUCAUCCUGGACGCCUUGGAUGGACGCAUCAUCAACUCAAAGACAGAAAACAGCCGCACUCCGCUCAUGUUUGCCGUCUGCCUACAAGACCCGGGGACCAGGGCCAAGUUCACCCGGCUGCUGCUGGAGAAAGGGGCGGAUGUCAACUGCCAGGACGAGGAUGGUCGCACUGCCCUGAGCCAUGCCUGUGAGAUGGGUCACCUGGAUGUUGUCAAGCUCCUGGUGCAGUUCAAUGCCGACCCGGACAUCUCUGAUGCCUGGGGUAACAGCGCUCUCAUGUAUUCUGCCUUUUCUGGGCACAGCCAGGUUCUGGAGUUCCUGGUCCGGGCUUUCAAAAGACUGGGACUGAGGCUGGACAUGACCAACAACGCCGGACACUCAGCCAUCGAGGUGGCCAACUUCUUCGGACACAACCAGUGUGUCCAGAUUCUGAACUUUCCGUGUCGGAGGGGUGUUAGCGCAGAUGACCCACUUGCUGAUGUGGGCACCACAGAUGAAGGAGAGAGCCGGCUGCCCAACAGGCUCCCCAGGCAUGUUCUGGAGAGGUUCUCCAAGCAGUUGAAUAAUGAAGACCAACUGCCCGGUGUGUUCCAGAGACAGAUGAAGAUUGGAGACAGCAGCGGGCUGUGGAACCGCUUCAAGUGUCCCAGGAGCCAAUCUCAAGAGGAGAGCCACCGCCACAGCUGGGCUCUGCCUCCUCAGCUCGAGAAAAGCCAAGUUGAGGGGGAUCACAGUGUUCUCUUCACUGCCAAACAAUUGCAAAACUGCCAACUUAGAGGGUUAAGAGGGGCUAAAACACUGACUGAGCCAGGCCAGAAAGAAGUCAGCCAAGGACUCCCUGAGCAAAAAGCAGAGAGUUGUCCUCUCUGGGGAAAAGCAAAGUCUUUUAACCUGGAUCUUCUGAGCAGUAGAAAGCAGUCCUAUCAGGGUGAUGUGUGUGACAUGAGCCUGUCCGCCAGCAGAUUGAAGCGAGCCUCGCUACAAGAUGAGAGAUGUCUGAUAGACAAGAUGGAAUGUCAAGGAAACACCCGGGGCUUGACAAACAAUGCUGACAAAACCGCCUCGGUGCCAAAACCUCUUUUAAACGGCAAGAGUCAGCCCGUGAGGGCACACGAGGAGAAUGUCAAAUCACAGAGAGCAGAGGCUAAGGAAACAGCCCCGUCAAGCUGGAGAGAGCAGCAGAAGAGGGGAAGCCUUGGCCCGACGGGCAGACACGACAAACUGCUGUUUGCCAGAGAAGAGAUGGAGUCAGGGAAGAUCCCUGGGCGCACGCCGGGGUUCAUCGGCCUGGGCACCAGACUGUUGCGUCGAUUCACAGCACCAGAGUUCAUGAAGAUGGUGAUAGACUGUUCGUCGGCCUCCUCAAACGGCAGAGGGCGGAUGUCCCGCUCGGAAACCUUCCCCCUCUCACACACACACCAGCAGGUGAACAGCCAGCCGAGCGUUGACAGCAUCAGCGGGGUGAAGUGUGAGUUUGAGAGCUGCUCGUCUCACUCGACCCUCGAUUAGAACAAGGACAGCGUCGGGCAACGGAACACGACAUUGUUACAGCAAUUACAACUUCUGAUAAUGCAGUGUGGUUGCGUGGUGAUAUAUUCUGUUUACUGAGGCAAAUAAUAAUCCUUUGCUAAUGUUGCAGUUUUUUUUCCAAAAAUAUUGAUCUAAAAAAGAACUUUAAAGCUAAUUGUCCAGUUGCUUACAGCUGCAUACACUUUUAUUAUUCUGUAUAUGAAAUAAUUUAUAAAUCGACAUUUCAGUCUGAUCUACUAAAAAUAAUUAUUUUUGAUUUGCAUACAAUAAAAUUUAUAUUGAAUGGAAUUGAAUGUAUUUCAUAUAGCUUCUUUGUUUUUAAGAAAUAUGGUGUGUCUUUUGCUUGAAAAAUAUUCAGUGACUGUGCACUGUAUGAUUCAUGCCGA